AUGAAUAAAUGGGUUUAUAAAUGGAUUAGAGUAUAUUUGAAGUGUUAUAUUAACCUUAUACUUUAUUACAGAAAUGUUUACCCAAGGGAAUCCUUUGACUUCACUACGUAUCAAGGUUUUAACUUACCUCAGUUUAUACCAGUCACAAGGCAUCCAGGUUUACAGGAUUAUAUAGAAAAUUUAAUUCUAGAUUUGUUAACUAAGAUAACACAUAUAUAUAAAAUAUCAAUCUUAAUCUUAGAUCAGCAGUAUGAUAUUUGUUUAGAAAAGUAUACUUUGGAUUUCACUGAAUUUAAACAUCUUAAGUCUCGUAGUAAAUUUAAUGAUGAUAAUAAUAAAAGUGAAGAGGAAAAUAACUGCGAUGAACAAAUCAAUGAAACUGAAGUAUUCGACGCGUUCAGGUCGAGUCUUAAUAGUUUGAUUAAUAAAGUGGAAACGUUGCCCAAGAUUAAAGACGACAUAGUAAAAUUUAAUGUGAUUAUAAAUACAAUGGAAAUGGAAUUAGGUCAUGCUAAAGAUAUUGGAUGGAACUUAAAUAAUAAAGAAGAUUUGAACAAGUUUGAAAAUGAUACUAAUUGGACUCUAUGUCAAAAUGAAGAUAAUGAAAAUUAUUUUAUUGAUAUAUAUAAAGUACAACCAACCAUCAAAAUGAUAUCUUUGAUUGGAUGUGAUAUUGGUUCUAUUAUUAUACAUAAUUAUAUGGAGGUAGCUCAAUUAGAUAAAAUGGAAAAUUUUCCAUUACAAAGUAAUGAUAUCUUUGAUGUAGCUUCAGAAAAUAUACGAUCUACACCAUUUUAA